AUGACUUCAACAACAUUGCUUGAAAGACCUGUUGAAUUAUGGAGACCAAAAGACAUUAAAAAUACUGAAAUGGAAAAGUUUCGAUUGGCCGUUAAUAAAAAAUUUAAUAUUAAUUUGGGAAAUUAUCAAGAACUUUGGAAAUGGUCAACUGAAAACAUUUCAGAAUUUUGGGCAAUGGUUUGGGAUUUUACAAAUAUAAUAUAUUCAAUUCCAUAUAAACAAGUAUUAGAAGAAUCAAAACCGAUGGAUCAAAAUCCAUCAUGGUUUAUUGGAGCAAAGCUUAAUUUUGCUGAAAAUUUAUUACGAUGUCGAGAUAAAAAUAAAAUUGCAUUGAUCUCUACAGGUGAAGGUAGAAUUCCGAUAAGAAUAACGUAUGAAGAACUAUAUAAUCGAGUUAAUCAUUUAGCUUCAGCAAUGAGAUUAGCUGGUGUUAAAGUUGGAGAUAGAGUUUGCGCGUAUAUUUCCAAUUGUAUAGAGGCAGUUAUAGCGAUGUUAGCAGCCUCAAGUAUAGGAGCAAUAUGGAGUAGCACGUCGACAGAUUUUGGUGUCACUGCUGUAUUAGAUAGAUUUUUACAGAUUAAACCAAAAAUAUUACUUUCAGUUAACGCAGUUAUUUAUAAUAAUAAAACACAUGAUCAUUUAUCAAAAUUAAGGAAAGUCGUAGAAAGUUUAGUAGAAGAAAAACAAGGAGGAGGUUGUUUAGAAAAAGUUAUAAUCAUACCAUUUGUUACUGAUUCUUCUUCUACCACUUCCGACGACAAUGAUAUAUCUUCAAUACCAUUAGCAAUAAGCUGGAAUGAUUUUCUAAAUACAUGUGAAGAUCCUUUAUUGAAAAAAAAAGAUUUAAUAUUUGAACAAUUACCAUUUGAUCAUCCACUAUACAUAUUAUUUUCUUCGGGUACAACAGGAAAACCCAAAUGUUUAGUUCAUCGAUCAGGAGGAAUGUUGAUUCAACAUAAAAAAGAACACAUAUUACAUGGAAAUCUGAAUAGCAAUGAUGUGUUUUUUUAUUAUACAACAACUGGCUGGAUGAUGUGGAAUUGGUUAGUGUCAGGUUUAUUUGUUGGUUGUACUUUGGUGCUUUAUGAUGGUUCUCCCUUUCAACCAAAACCUUCUAUUCUGUGGGAAUUAGUUGAUGAAUUAGGAAUAACAAUUUUUGGGACAUCAGCAAAAUAUAUACAAAGCUUACAAGAUAUAAAUUACAAACCCAAAGAUAACCAUAAAUUAAAUAGUUUGCGUAUAAUUUUUUCGACCGGAUCACCUUUGAAGCCUGAAAGUUUUGAUUUUAUUUAUAAAGAAGUAAAAGAUGAUAUAUUAUUAGGAUCGAUUACAGGCGGAACAGAUAUAUGUUCAUUAUUUGCAGGACAUAAUGUUACUUUACCAGUUUAUAAAGGUGAAAUUCAAUGUGUUUGUUUAGGUAUGAAAAUUGAAGCAUGGGAAGCACAAGACUUGGUUUGUGUAAAACCAUUCCCGUGUAUGCCAAUAUAUUUUUGGAAUGAUGAUUCUAAUAAUUCUAAAUAUAAAUCAACUUAUUUUUCCCGUUAUUCAUCAGUUUGGUAUCAUGGAGAUUUUGUAAUAAUAAAUAAUCCAGAUGUCAACAUUUACAACGAUAACAAUCAUGAUUAUAAUAAUAAUGGUGUUAUAAUGUUGGGUAGAUCUGAUAGUACAUUGAAUCCGGGAGGUGUAAGGUUUGGUAGCGCGGAAAUUUAUAAUGUCAUAGAAAGUAAUUUUAAUGAUUUAGUAAAAGAUAGUUUAGUGGUUGGUCAGAAAUUAGUUGUGGAGGAUGACGAGAGAGUUGUUUUAUUUUUGGUGAUGAAUGAUGAUGUGGAAUUGAAUGACGGAUUGAUUAGUAAGAUUAAGAAAUGUAUUAGAGAUCAAUUGAGCCCAAGGCAUGUUCCUUCUGUUAUUCUACCUAUUCAAGAUAUUCCGGUAUUAGAAGUAGCAGUGAAAAGAAUAAUUUCAGGUGAAAAUGUUAUAGCAUCUGGAACAUUAGCAAAUCCUGAUAGCCUAUCAUUAUAUUAUGAUUUACCUGAAUUAAAGCUGACAAAAUAA